AUGCCAGCGAAAGCCCUUAUCCCUAAUAAAGCCACUUGGGGUCUUUCAGGGAGCGCACGCCAAGCGACAGCGGCCUCUGAAAGGGAAAUUACAACAUUUCCGGAGAAAAUCGCUCAAAGAUGCUGCUGUUGCCACAGGAAUGUCCAUCUCAACCGCCACGAAUACCGCAGCUUUGGAGCACAAGAAAUUGCGAAAUUGUCACAUUCGCGGAAAGAUCCGCAUGGGUAUUGCCGGCAGAGCUCACCGGGGGCCGAGACAAAACCGCUUUGCCCUUCUAUCAACUGUGACGAUACAGCACCUGCUUGUCCAGAAGAGCAGCGCUCUGCUGCUUUUCCAUCACGAAGUAGCCAAGCAACGCCUGAGAAAGAUUUCGCUCCAGCCACCACAGGCCCCGCGCCCUCUGACAUCAAGCAGCAGCCGGCAAUCCCAGUUUGCUCGCGCUGUCAAGGAAAUAUGACGUUGCAUGAACGAUGGGAGCAUGAACACCGGCGGCCGUCAGACCCGCCUCCCCAAUCGGAGAAAAACUGCGCAGCAUAUAUUGGUUUGCUGGCUGCUGGCGGGGCUAAUUUGCGGCAGGCAGGGUGUGGCAGCAGCAACAGCAGUACGAUACCUCCAGCCCAAUGCAGGAUCGCUUCAAACAUCUCGGCCAGCUGUUGCGGCCCAGUUCUCCCAUCUGGGCUGCGCCAUGCAACUUCUGUUGCCAGCAACUGUGCCCCUCACUGCCCUCCUAUAACUCCCCCCAGCACCACCUCUGGACAAUUUUGGCAGAAAAGAUGGGAGCCGUUGCCAGCCAACAACUUUUUUAAAGCCUGGGAGGCCUUUCCCACCUCUUGGGUUCACACUCUACGGGGGUCUUCUGUUGUCGUUCCCGUGUGGGGUCACGAAGGAAUGGCACAUCGGAUUUCUCGUAUUCCCCCUCCUGUGAUACGGACGAGACAUCUGAGAAAUCCGUGUAGAUCGAAUUCAGCAACAACCAGCCAGAUCAGUUUGCAACAAGAACAGCAGCUGCCUCAGAAGAAAGGUCACUAUGACUCUUCGUGUAACUCGACCGCCCACAGGCCUCUUGUAAACACAGCCAUCCAAACCGAAAACACACACAUAGCGCAGUCAGCACGAGAUCCUGCCUAUACGUGUAACGGGUGUCCAUCGUUCUACCCACCGAGACCCCCUUUUGCGCGCACUACGCCCCAAAACAAGCAGGUAAGCUGCGCCAGCUCAUGUUCCAGCGGUGCGCGAUGCAGAAGCAGGACUCCAACGCAUAGAAGGGGCGCUUCAAACAAUUCCUCACUGGGUGUCCAAACGCAUGACGACGAUGGAAUUCCCGACGUUACACGCGCACCAGCCAGCGUACAAUAUAAAAGGCUUAUUGCAGAGGAAGCUGAAUCAGGCGCCGCUACGGCUGCCUUCCAGGCUGCCGCUGAGUUGCAAGCUGCCGCUGCAGCUUUCGGGAUGGCCAUUGGUCGGCUUUCAUCCCUCACAAGCCCCGUCAACACCAACCAGCAACCAAUUAUUCCAGGGAUCCGCAGGCAAGGCCCUACUCGUUCGGAAGCAGAUAAGAAGUCCCAAUUCCUUCAUGCUUCAAAGAGCCUCCCUGCUCUUAACGGCCACGAAACUUCCAGGGUUACGCCAAGGCGUGAGCUGUCACAGAGAGAGGAACAGCUUUUGGACUGCAUGGCAGCGUCUUUUGCUGCCGUGAACUUGGACCCGUAA